GGCAGGGCUCCUGCGCUUGCGCACUCCGAGUCGGUGUGGUACUGCUGCCCGCGCCCUUCCGAUUCCGGGAUCCAGAGCCAGCCGGGGUCAGGAGCCGGUACCGAGGGCAGUCCUGGGAUCCGCUAUCCGCAUCAGCUGUAAGAAUCGGGGAUCAACACGGGGUACCCGGGAUUAACUGAGAGGGGGGGACACGGGGUACCCGGGAUUAACUGAGAGGGGGGGACAGGGUACCCGGGAUUAACUGGAGAGGGGGGGAUACGGGGUACCUGAUUAACUGAGAGGGGGGGACACGGGGGUACCUGGAUUAACUGAGAGGGGGGGGACACGGGGUACCCGGAUUAACUGAGAGUGGGGGGGACACGGGGUACCUGGAUUAACUGAGAGGGGACACGGGCACCCGGAUUAACUGAGAGGGGGGGACACGGGGUACCUGGACAACUGAGAGGGGGACACGGGGUAACCGGGAUUAACUGAGAGGGGGGACACGGGUACCCGAUUAAUCCGAGAGAGGGGACACGGGGUACCUGGAUUAACUGAGAGGGGGGACACGGGGUACCUGAGAUUAACUGGAGAGAGGGGACACACGGGGUACCUGGGAUUAACUGAGAGGGGGACACGGGGUAACGGGAUUAACUGAGAGGGGGGGACACGGGUACCUGAUUAACUGAGAGGGGGGGACACUGGGGUACCUGGACAACUUGAGAGGGGACACGGGGUAACCGGGAUUAACUGAGAGGGGACACGGGUAACCGGAUUAACUGGAGAGGGGGACACGGGGUACCUGGAUUAACUGAGUAAAUACGGGGUACCAGGGAUUAACUGAGAGGGGGGGACACGGGGUACCCGGGAUUAACUGAGAGGGGGGGACACGGGGUAUUCGGGAUUAAUUGAGGGGGGGGACAUAGGGUAGUCAAAAUGAAUUGAGAUGGGGGUGGAGGCAGGGUACCCAGGAUUAGCUGUGGGUCUGUCUCUGUCUGUCUGGGGGUCACUGUCUGUCUGUCUGGGGGUCACUGGGGAUACCGGGGAUUAAUUGAGGAGGGGGACACAGGCUACCCGGGAUUAAUUGAGGAGGGGGGACACGGGGUACCGGGGAUUAAUUGAGGAGGGGGGACACGGGGUACUCUGGAUUAACUGAGGGGGGACACACGGUACCCGGGAUUAAUUGAGGGGAACACAGGGUAUUUGGGAUUAAUUAAAGGGGGGGGACAUAGGGAAGUCAAGAUUAAUUGAGAAGGGCGGGGACAGGGUACCCCAGGAUUAUCUGAGGAGGUGGGACAGGGAACCCUGGAUUAACUAAAGUGAGGGACAGGGUACCCAAGAUUAAUUGUUGGUGGAGGAGGGGGAAAGGGUAUUAGGGACUAAUUGAGGAGGGGCCACAUGGACUACCUGGGUAUUAAUUGAGAUUGGGGAGGGUAUUUGGGAUUACCUAGGGGUGGGGCGGGGGCAUAGUAUACCCUGGAUUCACUGGGGGGUACCCAGGAUUAACUGGGUGGGACACAGAGUACGUGGGAUUAACUGGGGGAUGACGACAUGGGGUACCCAUGAUUGACUGGGGGGAGCAUGAAGUACCCUUGAUUAACUCGGGGGGCAGUGGGGUACCCGGUGUUAACUGGGAGAAGACAUGGGUACCCAGGAUUUACUGGGAUGGGAUACUUGAGAUUUGCCUGGAGAAUGCACAUGAUAUUCAGGAUUAUCUGAAGGGAGGCACGGGGUAUACAGGAUUAGUUGGGGGGAGACAAGGGGUAUUUAGGGUUAGCAAGAAGGUGGUCAUUGGAUACUCAAGAUUAGCACGGAGGGGGUCAGGGUCACUGCAUACUCUGGAUUAGUUGGCAGGGGGUCACUACAUACUCUGGAUUAGCUGGCAGGGGGUCACUACAUACUCUGGAUUAGCUGGCAGGGGGUCACUACAUACUCUGGAUUAGCUGGCAGGGGGUUCACUGCAUACUCUGGAUUAGCUGGCAGGGGGUCACCGUAUACUCUGGAUUAGCUGGCAAGGGGUCACCGUAUACUCUGGAUUAGCUGGCAGGGGGUCACUGCAUACUCUGGAUUAGCUGGCAGGGGGUCACUGCAUACUCUGGAUUAGCUGGUAGGGGGUCACUACAUACUCUGGAUUAGCUGGCAGGGGGGCACUGCAUACUCUGGAUUAGCUUGCAGGGGGGCACUGCAUACUCUGGAUUAGCUGGCAGGGGGUCACUGCAUACUCUGGAUUAGCUGGCAGGGGGUCACUGCAUACUCUGGAUUAGCUGGCAGGGGGUCACUACAUACUCUGGAUUAGCAUGGGAGGGGGUCACUGCAUACUCUGCAUUAGCUGGCAGGGAGGGUGGUCACUGCAUACUCUGGAUUAGUAUAGGAUAGGUCUCUGCAUACUCUGGAUUAGCUGGCAGGGGGUCACUGUAUACUCUGGAUUAGCUGGCAGGGGGGUCACUACAUACUCUGGAUUAGCUGGCAGGGGGUCACUGCAUACUCUGGAUUAGCAUAGGAUGGGUCACUGCAUACUCUGGAUUAGCAUAGGAUGGGUCACUACAUACUCUGGAUUAGUAUAGGAUGGGUCUCUGCAUACUCUGGAUUAGCUGGCAGGGGGUCACUGCAUACUCUGGAUUAGCUGGCAGGGGGUCACUGCAUACUCUGGAUUAGUAUAGGAUGGGUCUCUGCAUACUCUGGAUUAGCAUGGUAGGGGGUCACUGCAUACUAUGGAUUAGCAGGGAGAGGGUCAGUAAAUACUCUGGAUUAGCAGGGAGGCAUGGCAAAAUUAGGGCAUGUAUCUGAUUUCAUCCUGUAACUGCUCAAGAUAUACAUGUGGGGUAUUUGUGUACACAGAACACGCAGCAGAAUACAAAUGUCUCUUCGAGGACAGGGUCAUAAUAGAUAGGGCACACAUGCAGUUCCCCUUAAAUUUACGUAAACUUAUGUAUGUGAAAAAAAUAUAAAAAGUAAAAUUUACUGUUAAAUUUGACAGAAAUUGUUGACAAAUUUGCCAAGUGUAAUGACUUUAAAAUGUUUUAUAUUAAAUAGUCCACAUUUUAUAAUUUGACAGUGUCCAAUAGGGAAAUCAAUCAGCAAAAAUUGGAAAUCUGUAAAACAGUAGCAGAGUGAGGUGUAGGGGAUAAUGGGAUGGUAGUGAUAUGCACAGGAUCUGUGAAAUUCCAAGUGAAAUGUGUAAAUAGCAAAAAUGAAUAUGCUGCAGAUUUGGUUUAAUAAAAGGUGUCAGAAUGCUCAGAGUUAAAAACCCUGGGGUGGUCUUCCUUCCUUAGAUUUGUACUUUCACUGUAAUGAAAGCUUAUAGAGCAAAUUAUGUCAGUGUCAGUGACACUGUUGCAUCGAAUUUUUGGUGCAAUUUAUUAAUUGCGGUGGUUUUUACCUGUUGUCUUUUAAUGCACCUUAUUUUGCUAUAAUUUGCUUAAUCUUUUAUAUAAAUUUCAGAGAACACUAGCAUUAGGAAUACAUAACUGUAUUCCUAAAGCUUUAUGGUGUCCCCCCUCCUCCCACCCCCCACUUUUCAGAUACAAGGACCCGCUCUGCUGGGUGGAUUACCUUCUCCAGCGAAGUCAUUCUGAUGGGGGAAUCUAAUGCACAUGCACAACAAGCACCGUAUGCAUGUUAGGCCUUCCCCAUAGGAAUCCUCAUGCAAAGAGGUUGUCUUCAUUUUGCAAUAUAAACCUUGCAUUGCUCUGAAAUUAUGUUUUACUUUGCAGGGUUAAGGGGACAGGGACACAGUGCCCAGACCACUUUAAUGAGAUGAAGUAGUCUGGGUGCCUGGAGUGACCCUUUAAAAGAAAACGGAGCAAUGCAUUAAAAAAAUAAAGUUGUAGAUGAUUUUCAAUGUUUUUUUUUUUUUUUUUUUCAUGGUGUAAUUUCUAGAGAGUUGACUGUUCUCCUUUAAGUUUAGUGUGGUAAAAUGUUUUGAUAUUUCAGAAUUCUUUGUAAUCUGUUAUAGAAAAUUUUUAAAUGUUGGCUAUUGUAAGUGAAUCCUGCAUAUAAUUUCCUGUUGUUACCCUCCAACAGUUGGAGCAGAGCUUCCACCUUGUAUAGUAGUGGAGUGUGUAACGCCAUCAGAGUUUAUGAAAGUCUAUAUGGAACUUUUAAGAUCUGUGAAUAGAAUUCCCUGCAAUAUGUAUAGGGACUUCCUGCCUCUGGUUGAUGCAGCUGUGUAUAUAAGUGUUUCGGGGGGAGUGAUUUGCUGUUGAUUUUUCGGUUUUCUCUCCCCAUAUCCAGUGCAGCUGUAUGGACUCUGAAUCUCCAUCAUGGGGCACAUGUUAUCCAGGGUGUUUGGGAACAAGGAGAUGCGGAUUUUGAUGUUGGGCCUUGAUGCGGCUGGUAAGACCACCAUUCUCUACAAACUCAAGCUUGGCCAGUCAGUUACCACCAUCCCAACUGUGGGCUUCAAUGUGGAGACUGUCACCUACAAGAAUGUUAAAUUCAACGUGUGGGAUGUAGGUGGUCAGGACAAGAUCCGUCCUCUAUGGCGACACUACUACACCGGCACACAGGGCCUGAUAUUUGUGGUAGACUGUGCUGACCGAGACAGAAUAGACGAGGCACGGCAGGAACUGCACCGCAUUAUAAACGACCGAGAGAUGCGUGAUGCAAUUAUUCUCAUCUUCGCCAAUAAACAGGAUCUGGUAGAUGCCAUGAAACCCCAUGAAAUCCAAGAAAAGCUUGGACUGACUCGUAUCCGAGACAGGAACUGGUACGUUCAGCCAUCUUGUGCCAACACUGGAGAAGGACUCUAUGAGGGCCUUAUGUGGCUAACUUCAAACUACAAAUCGUAAAAACCUUUAUUUCUAUGGUGAUUAUUAAUAUUUUUUUUAAUAUAUAAUUUUUUUUUUACUUUUACAUUUGGAAAGACUGACCCGCAUAGCGGAAUUGCUUUUCUUACUGCUCCACGGAGCUCUGUUUAUCCAGACGAGGGGAGAGCAUUGCGCUUUGUAAUGAACGAAGAGGCACUGUUUGUAUCGGAGAUCUGUGGUUCUCUGCUGCAGGGCCACAAAGGAUGUGGAGAGAGACUAAAGGCCCAUUGUGGUAUCUGCCUUAAUUCUCAGCAUACUAAUGUAUGGCCGGGAUAUUUACUGAGCGUUUUUUCCAUCUGACAUACCUGAGCGUGUUCCCUGUCCUGUUACUAAGGGCUGGUGCUGUGGGAUUGCUCCGUCCUUUGUUACAGGUUUCAUGUCUACCAUACAGUACAGGUGCCUACAGACCUCCUGUGCAGACCUCAUUUCUAGGCAAUAUGGUUACCCUCUAGUAAUAUAUUCCCUGAAUCUCAGCCAUUUAACCCCUCAUUAGUGUAUGUUAAGGAUCCUUAGAACACUAGGGGCACGGUUUGUCUCAAUAAUUAGGCCAUUGAAUAUCUGCCUGCAACAAUACCCCACACACUGCACGGUUUCAGGGUUUGCUACGGUGUGCCACUGCAAAUGUCUGUCAUCUUAUACAGACUUCUAAAUUGUUAGGCCAGACACAGCCAUAUGUGCAGCAAAAUAUACCAUGUCCAAAAUGUAUUGAUUUUCUGCUUCAAACAGUAUUUUGUUAAUUUAACCCUGAGGUCUAAUUUAUAUACUUGCAAUUAAUGAUUAAUCUAAAGAGCAUAGACCUGUAGUACCCGGCCAAGUCCUGUCUCCCCCCCCCCCCCCCCCCCAGUCCAUUCAGCAUGCUCUCAGUUUUCAUUCCAAGUCUUACGUUUAUUUUUCACCACACAUUCCCGCAGGACUUCACACAUUUCUUGGUAAAACAUGCUUUGGAAAGGUUCAGCGUGAUUGCAAUUGUCCAUUUUUCUGAUACAGCUUUAUUUUUUACUUUUUAGCUUUUUUUUCUGGGGCCAUAUCCCACGCCCCUCUUGCACUCAUAAUUUAAACCAGCUUUAAUUAUUAAAGAACUAAAUACAAAAUUUGUGUGACUGACCUUCCCUUCAUUCCUAGUUAAUAAUUCAAUUUGGGAUGGUGCUAAUUAACCCACUCAGUGCUGGGAGAACUGCAGUGGUAACAGUGUUAGGUCCUUGUCUGUCCAUAGGCCCCAUUUUUUAGGGGUGUCCUAUCUGCGAAUGCCAUGCUCUGUUUGUAAUGAGCCGUGGUAUUUGCACAUGUCCUGAUUGCGGUGUUUCCUAUGCAGUGUUCCCUGUCCUGCUCAGUCUUCCAGUCCCGGGGGUAAAGUCCUGGUAUUAGCACUGAUCUCACAGGAGAGACCGGCUGCAAUGCGAGUGGUAUACUCGUUACUGACAUGCACGGUUAAGCUAUGCAGACCCCUUGCCAUUUAAGGGAUUUUCCAGCCCAUCUCAGCACUUGUUUCGGUUACAGCGUCACACUUUUACUUCCAAUCAUUUUCCUUUCAUGUUCACUUAAAAUGUCAACUAUUAAAUAAUGUUCAAAUGAUGCAUCAAAA